CUUGCCAAAAACCUCAUCUUUUAUGGUGGAAGAUUAUCUUCACGUCUUUAUCUAAACGAAAAAAACAUCACUACCCAGUUGGAAUUCAUGGUGAUUCAGUUCGGAUACUACAUCACAAUGAAGCUGGAGCGAGUCAACAAGGCCCUUGAUAAACUAUUACCUUUGAGACUCCAUCGAAAAUUGGUAGCAAUUGCUUUAACCUACACAAGCAUGCUUAUGCAAGUACUAAUUUUCCUUCCCAACCUUGCUCUCACGUUUAUUUUUGCUGAAUCUUGGAUUUCAAAAUUAGAACCCAAGAAAAUCAUCAGUACCAAGUUGGAAAGCAACAGCUCUCGCAUGUUUCAGCUCAAAGAGUACAUGAAAUGCAAGGCGGAGAGAGUGAACAAGGCGCUGGUUGAACUAUUACCAGAGAAGGGAAGCUCUCAAAAAAUUUGCGAUGCGAUGGCAUACUCUCUUCUUGCGGGUGGAAAGCGCAUACGCCCAAUGCUUUGUAUUGCCUCGUGUGAAUUAGUAGGUGGAGAUGAAUCAUCCGCGAUGCCAAUGGCAUGUGCAAUGGAGAUUAUUCACACCGCGUCGUUGAUUAUUGACGAUCUUCCUUGUAUGGAUAACGAUGAUCUAAGGCGAGGGAAUCCCUCGAACCACAAAAGGUACAGUGAAAGUGUUGCGAUUCUUACUAGUAAUGCACUGUCCUGCCUCGCCUUUGAGCACAUAUUGUCAAAGACAGAAAAUAUUUCCCAGCACCGUAUGGUUCCAGCCAUUUCUGAGCUUGUUUCAGCAGUCGGCUUGGAUGGGCUCGUAUUAGGUCAGUGUUGGGAUCUUGACUGUGAAGGAAAACAAGUGACUUUGGAGCAACUGAAAAAUAUUCAUGUGCUCAAAACUGGUAGGCUUUUAGAGGCCUCUGUUGUUUGCGGAGCGAUAAUUGGAGGAGCCAACGCAAGCGAGGUAGAUAAACUUCAAAAAUAUGCAAGCUGUAUUGGAUUAUUGUUUCAAGUGGUAGAUGAUAUUCUGGAUGAGACCCAGACCGCAGAAAAGUUGGGGAAGACGGCUGGCAAGGAUUUGGCGAGCGACAAGGCGACGUUCCCGAAGCUGAUGGGCAUCGACGGUGCCAAGAAUUAUGCCAGGGAGUUGGUUGAUCAAGCCGUUCAAGAGCUUGCUCAUUUUGAUGCUGCGAGGGCUGCUCCGCUGAAACAUUUAGCUCAUUUCAUUCUUAACCGUCCGUGGUAGUAUUGGGACCGAAAUGCAUCAAUAAAGUACGCCAGGCCGUCGACCAAAUUAGCAAAAUCUGAGAGAAGAUGCAAUAACCAGAAGUUUUCUCUCACAUUGCCAUGGUAUUUAGCUUAUCGGCAAACACCCUUGGACGACAGAUUUACCAACUGUUUAUUGGCAUGUUAUCAUUUACUCUUUGCAAUGAUGUUUUAUUGUCAAAUAAAAAUAAUGAGAAUAUGGAAGAUUGAGACCAAGCGAUUUGAGAUCAUUCGACCAGUAGAGUCAUAGUCGACGUCCAUGCAACCAUCGAUCG